CUUUAGCUCAGCCCGCGUCUGGCUAGGAAGGCGCCGACCUCGCGGGAGACUGUUCCAGGACUGCCAAGGGGUCGCCAUGGCCUGCAGCCCAGGCAGUGGGGCUUCCUUGGAGGGGAUUUCCCUGGGCUCCUCUGAAGAGGCAGAGCUCCGCAGGGAAGCCAUGCAGCAAGUCUUGGACAACCUGGGAUCCCUUCCCAAUGCCACUGGGGCUGCGGAACUGGACCUGAUCUUCCUUCGAGGCAUAAUGGAAAGUCCCAUAGUCAGAUCCCUGGCUAAGGCCCACGAGCGGCUGGAGGAGACGAAGUUGGAGGCUGUGCGGGAUAACAACCUGGAGCUGGUGCAGGAGAUCCUCCGGGACCUGGCGCAGCUGGCAGAGCAGAGUAGCACUGCGGCAGAGCUGGCGUGCAUCCUCCAGGAGCCUCACUUCCAGUCCCUCCUGGAGACACAUGACUCAGUGGCCUCAAAGACCUAUGAGACACCACCCCCCAGCCCUGGUCUAGAUCCCACGUUCAGCAAUCAGCCGGUACCUCCUGAUGCGGUUCGCAUGGUGGGCAUCCGCAAGACGGCAGGAGAACAUUUGGGGGUGACAUUCCGAGUGGAGGGCGGUGAGCUGGUGAUCGCUCGCAUUCUGCACGGGGGCAUGGUGGCUCAGCAAGGCCUGCUGCACGUGGGGGACAUCAUCAAGGAAGUGAACGGGCAGCCCGUGGGCAGCGAUCCCCGGGCACUUCAGGAGCUCUUACGCAGCGCCAGUGGUAGCGUCAUCCUCAAGAUCCUGCCCAGCUACCAGGAGCCCCACCUGCCCCGACAGGUAUUUGUUAAAUGCCACUUCGAUUAUGACCCUGCCCGAGACAGCCUCAUCCCCUGCAAGGAAGCGGGCUUGCGCUUCAACGCCGGGGACUUGCUCCAGAUUGUAAACCAAGAUGACGCCAAUUGGUGGCAGGCAUGCCACGUUGAAGGGGGCAGCGCUGGGCUCAUCCCCAGCCAGUUGUUGGAGGAAAAGCGGAAAGCGUUUGUGAAGCGGGACCUGGAACUAACCCCGACCUCGGGGACCCUAUGUGGCAGCCUUUCAGGAAAGAAAAAGAAGCGAAUGAUGUAUUUGACUACCAAGAACGCAGAGUUUGACCGCCACGAACUGCUCAUUUAUGAGGAGGUGGCCCGCAUGCCCCCAUUCCGCCGGAAAACCCUGGUGUUGAUUGGUGCGCAGGGUGUGGGCCGGCGCAGCCUGAAAAACAAGCUCAUUCUGUGGGAUCCGGACCGCUACGGUACCACAGUGCCCUACACAUCCCGGAGGCCCAAGGACUCGGAACGGGAAGGGCAGGGCUACAGCUUUGUGUCUCGUGGGGAGAUGGAGGCCGACAUCCGUGCCGGGCGCUACCUGGAACACGGCGAGUAUGAGGGCAACCUGUACGGCACGCGUAUCGACUCCAUCCGCGGCGUGGUUGCCUCCGGCAAGGUGUGCGUGCUGGAUGUCAAUCCCCAGGCAGUGAAGGCCCUGAGGACAGCUGAAUUUGUCCCUUAUGUGGUAUUCAUUGAGGCCCCUGACUUUGAGACCCUGCGAGCCAUGAACCGGGCUGCACUGGAGAGUGGCGUGUCCACGAAACAGCUCACGGAGGCGGAUCUGAGGCGGACCGUGGAGGAGAGCAGCCGCAUCCAGCGGGGAUAUGGGCACUACUUUGACCUCAGCCUGGUCAACAGCAACCUGGAGAGGACCUUUCGUGAGCUCCAGGCUGCCAUGGAGAAGCUCCGAACAGAGCCCCAGUGGGUGCCUGUCAGCUGGGUGUACUGAGCCCUGCUCUGGACCUUGUCCCCUGCCUGGUUGGGAAUCCAUCCUUCACCCCACCUAUGACACUCCCCUACUCCCCAACAUGAUCUUCAUCCCCCCCCCCAUCUCUGGUUUUCCCUGGAUCACAGUUCCCACAGGGGCAGGCUUCAGUACAGAGGUGUGCGCUGCCGGGGAGGUGGGUGUUCAGGGGGUACCUCGGUACCCAGGUGCUGCCCACUCCCGAUGUCCACCGGCCACCAGACAUCCCUCUCUAAGGGUGAGGCUGUGUCCAGGAGCAUCUCAGAGUCACUGUAAUGCUCAGUCUAGAGAGGAGUGGAGCUGCCUGGGGCCUUGUGGUCAGCAGGUGGAUGACCCUGCCAGCCUUUUCUCCUCUAGGCUGGCCACACCCACCCUGUUCCUUGGCCCUGCCCACCCCUUACUGUAGAUAGUCCUUGGAUCAGCCUUGGGCUGUUCUCAUGUGGCCAGGAACUCAGACCGCUGGUAACUAGGCAGCCUAACCUGGGCAGCAGUGUCAGUCUGGGCCGUUUUAGAGGCUGGGGGAGCCCCGUCGUGAGCCAGCUGUAGCAGCUGGUAACACAGGCCUCAGAUACUCGAGGAGCGAACGCAGCCUGGCCCCUCCCUUAUUCCCAGCUUCUCACUGCCAAAGUCUCUCCACGGACUCUCUCAAUGUGUCCCUCUUUUAUAAAUCCUGCUCCCCAAACAGUGCGACUGGCUUAGCCCUGGUUGGGAAUAGGACCUAGAAAGCUGAACCCUCUGUUGUUGGGACCAGAAGCACUCCAGGAUCCCCAGGCCACACCAGGCCUCGAUCGCUUCCGAUCGCUUCUGGCUGGUCUCUGGAUGAUGUAGGAGGCUCACUGGCAUUACGGCUGACAUGAUUGGGCCUGCGGGAAAGGAGACUGUGCGUCAGGGCUUGGAAACAGACAGAUUAGCUUUGGUAGCCCUUGCCACACAACUCCAGGGGGUGCCAUUGGCACUCCAGGCUGGGCAGUGUGUGGCCCUGCCAGCUGAGGUGCUGGUCCCUGUUUCUGGUUUUGGGGUGUGUGUUGUAUGCGCAUGUCCAAACACACGGAUUUGGUUUGGUUUGAGGGGAGGCAGAGUACUGCUUUCUCUUGGAGGUGGCUCUUUGAGAUCCCUUUAUGGGUUCCCCUCAGCCCCCCAUUUCUUACAAGCCCCUACUCCAGACCCCAGAGCCUGGGCCUUCCUCUGCUCCCCUCUUGUCCCUAUCCUAAGUACCAGCCUUUAGUCCUCGGAGAGGGUGAUUUUGUAAAAUAGGAUAAACCUUUUAAGAACUCUGCCCUUGACAUCUGGAGACAUCUCAUCCUGCAUCCUUCUUGAGGGGGGCCCUGUCCUGUCAGGGGACCCCCAGCAUCCCCACCCUGUGCCUCCCAGUUCUCCUGAGAGUCAGUCUUGGCUGCCAUGUCAGCCGAGCUGACCCCUGAACCACUGUGUGCCCAUUUCCUAGGGGAGGGAGGGAGAAUAAACAGAAUAUUUAUUACAAAUGCUAGAAAUAUAUUUAUUAUAUUAGGAAUCUCAUUUGCAUCGGCAUUGGAUAUGUAAAUGAGACGAGGUGGCCUUGCCUGCUGCUCAUUUGCAUAGCUCUGUCCUCGCUCUGUGUAGACAUCUUCCCAGCUUUGUUUCCCUUUAGUCAAGGUCCUUUUCUCCAGCUCAGCAUCUUGCUGUGACCCUGACCCUUACUUAGCCUCAGGGGACUGGUAGUGGGAGAGAAAUUUCCCUGCUUACUUCCCUGCUUUCCAGUUCCAUCCUCCCCUGGAGUGUGUAGGGUCAGAGCAGUCCCUGACCCCUCUUGAUUUACCCACAAAGCCCUCUGACCAAAAGACCAUGGCCUCCGAUAGAGAUCUGGUGGGUACCAUGCUGGAGAGUUGGGACCAUCCUUCCGUCUGGAUACCCAGCGUGGUAGAAAACCUCACCUCUUCCCUAGUCACGUGCAAGGGUCAGGGCUGGACCCCCCCCACAGCCUCCUACCUCUCCCACUGAGCCCCCUCCCUACACCCCUUCCCAAGCACUGGCCAGGUGGGAAUAGAGGCUGUAAGCCUCCUCCGCUCCCCUGGCACCUGGCUGGGUUAGAACACAUUCCCGCUCACCAAGCUAGCUCUGUGACUGCCCUCCCUCCCUCCCUCCCUCCCACCGUGGCCUCUUCUGUUUGAGGACCUCAGGAGAAGGAGCCCCCCCCCAUGGUCCACCCUCAGUCCCGGCCCAUUCCCCUCCCUUUGUUCCCCCCCACCAGCCGUCUCAGUCUUAAGUUUUCUUUCUUUUCCUUUGAUUAAAUGUGAAAGCAAA